AUGUCCUCCCUCAGGCUCGCCGCCCGCUGCUUCCACUCCUCCCCGCCCGCCCGCUCCCAUGUCGGCAAGGUCCCCAUCCCCGUCCCCCCCACCGUCACCCUCUCUCUCCCGCCGUCCUCUAUAGACCAGUCCAUACACCCCACAAACCCCCUGGCCCACAGAACAUUCACCGUCAAAGGGCCCCUGGGCUCAGCCACCCUCCCCAUCGCCCCUUCCGUCAUCAUCACCCCUCCCACUGCCCAAAACGCCUCCAUCACAAUCUCGGUCCACGAUCCUACAGUCAAGACGCAACGCAGUCUCUGGGGCUUGACCAGGUCUAUCCUGAAUAAUGCCGUGACCGGCGUGUCUACCGGAUUUGAUCUCGAAGUUCGGUUGGUGGGCGUUGGAUACAGAGCGGCGAUAGAGCCGAUCCCAGAGGUGUUCAGGAAGUUGGCAAAGCAGACGAAUGCUCAGCCAGGCGAGGUCCUCCCCACUGAGCGUCUCAAUAUCAAGCUAGGGUUCGCUCACCCUGUGCUUAUUGAUAUCCCGCCCGAGAUCAAAGUGACUGUGCCGGCGCCCACAAAGAUCAUGCUCAGUGGGACGGAUAAGCAGAAGCUGGGUCAGUAUGCCGCUACCAUCCGGCAAUGGAGAAGACCCGAGCCUUACAGAGGGAAGGGAAUUUUUGUUGGGGACGAGACCAUCAAGCUGAAGGAGGUCAAGAAGAAGUAG